AUGUAUGCAAAGUACCUCGGAGUCGCUGCUUCCCAGACCGGAGAGACUUCUUCUCUCCAACACCCUCCCACCUCAAUGAUGGCACGACAGCUACAGAAAACUGCAUCUGAUAGUGAUGAUGCGAAUACAGAAAGCCAGCAGAUGAUUGCCGUCGCCCAUCUUCUCAAGCAGCGCAAAAGCCAUGAAAAGGAGAUGCGACAGUUGCGCGCGAAGAUACAAGCGGAUCAUGGAUCUUUGAAUUCAUUACUGGAUCAGCGAAUGCGUCAGACAGAGAUACAGGCGAUCGAUCGCCGCCACGAGAUGGUCGACAGCAUCUUAAAAGCCCUUGGUCCCCCGAGCGAGCCCAAUCAUCGCAAGACCACGACUAUAGCUGGCACCAAGAUCGCAGACCAUGCCACCUACACAUCUACGACGGAUGUAUUAGCUCAAUCAAAGGGCUUGGUCAAGGAAUAUGAGGGACUCGAUGGCAUGAUCUCAGACAUGAGGAGCCAGCAAGGUGAUUCUGUCGCUGAUACAUGGAAGCGUAAGAUCAGAGAAAGCGAAGAACAGCUACGGAAAGGAGCGCGAGUUGCUGCUAGAAACGUCAAGAAAGUUUUGGGAGCAGACAUGAGUAUUGACGAGGCGUACAAGAUGGAGGUGGAUAGAAAAGUGGAGAUACAACAAGACAAAGGGGACAAUCUGAGUUACGAGCUGCAGAGAAGUUUGAGAUAUGCUGAACGAGGCGUCAAGAGGAUGGCAAAGGGACUGCCAUUUGAGGAGGCUUGA